AUGAGCUUCCGCGAGAAGUUGGAGAAAUACCUGAACCCGGAAUGCAAGUUCUACCAGUACAUGCGGGGCCUUUGGGUGGAUGCCGUUGUAACGCUCGCCGUCGGGGGCCAUGCUGACCCCGUGAAGCGGACGACCCACAUGCUGCCAGAAGGGUAUCAAAAGAUUUGGACGACCAUGGCUGAGCACGAUGGAAUCGACGUCCGAUUUGGUGUGCAGAUUCAAAGCACCUGGCAUGCACAAUUUAUGAAUUUCGGAGCAGUAGCUGGUCGUAAGUGGGGCUUUAUGGUCAUGAGGUAUGACUGCAACCAUUCAGAGAGUGCGAAUAGCUGCCGAUGGUAUGCUGGUAUAAUCCCCUUGUUAUAG